AUGAGAUGAAGGUGCGCGGGUGCAUCUACCACUGUAUAUAUACACACACACACAGCUCUCAUUGCCCAAAGUCUCUGGUAAGAACCAACAGCAGCAGCAGGAAAAUGGUCUCAGCUGUUUAUAUAUCGCUCAUCCUAGCCCUUGUGGUGAAGUCUAGCCUGCAGAUAUGUGCUCCAAGCUGCGCAGGUGUUGAAAGUGGUUUCUUUGUGAGGGAUCCCACUGAUUGUACCAGAUACUACGUCUGUGUUGACGUAGGAGGUGGUGUGAUAGUGCCCUCCUCGCUACCAGUUGACUGCACCGAUGGUUACUAUUUCAACGAUGGCCACGCAGUUCCUCGGUGUGACCCCAUAAGUGAUGCUGGAGCAGAUUUCUGCAGCGACCUUUGCAAUCCCUGUGUAUACCAGUGUGAUACAGCCGGCCAAGUCACGCCCAACCCCACGAACUGCAACACCUAUUACGUGUGUCUUGCGGGCGGCCACGUCUUGGAACAACCGUGUCCUGGCGACGCUCCGUUCUUUGAUUUCAACACAGGAGAAUGCACGCUGGAUGACACCUUGUGUUACAAUUACUGCGAUCCCUGCGUGCCUCACUGUACUAAGCAAAACGAGAAAGUUCCAGACCCUCUUGAUUGUCACAAUUUCUAUGAGUGUAAUCCCCCAAACAUCGCCAGCUUCACCUGCCCACACACAGAGAUCUUCAGCAGGGUCACACUAGAAUGUGAAGCAGAUGCUGAUUGUAUCAUUGACUGUUAAGAGUUGGAAAAGGUGACACUUGUGUCUAGGAAGAGUGUCACCUGAAGCAAGAUUUAGUCAUAAGACCCUGCAAAGUGAAGCGACAACAACAAUGAUCACUGGGUAACCACUACUGACUUUUCUAUGCACCUACUUUUACUGACGUAAACGUAGGUGCAUAGAGUCAGCAUCUGUCAAAUAGGAAUUGUAGGGAAUUAAUUCUAUUUCUAAAUUAUAUAUAUUACCAGACACGAAACUUACUGUAGCAAAAAAAUAUAUAUUUAACAUUAUAUAUUCGUAAUUGCAGUGAUAUUCAGAACAGUGAUAUAAAAUAACUCACUGUUAAUAUGAUUUAAAUUUAAAAACUUUUAAAUUUUUACAUUUUGAUCUGUAUUUUCAACAAGCUACCAAUUUUUCAUCUAAAUGAUACCUACACAUUAUGUACAAGAUACAUACUAUUUACAAGACACACACAUUAUCUACAACAUACAAAGUUAAUUGUUCAUAAGAUAAUUAUUAUUUUCUACACGUUUCCUGUUAAUUAUCAACAGGUUAUCUUGAUUGUCAAUGUAGACGGAGUUGUAAUUACCAACCUACAGAGAAUUAUUGUCAACAUUCUGUACAGUCUGCUCUGUUAUCAUUGUAUCUUCAUUGAAUAACCAGCAUAUUCAGUCUGAUCUAAAUAGAAAAUAAAAAUCUGGCAAUAUCAAAAACGAAAACAA